AUGGUGAUUGUGGGAGGUGAGGAGAAAGUGCGGGACAUGAUGCAAAAUCACACGGGCCUUGAAGAAAAAGGAAACAGAGACUCAGAGAGGGUUGCCAAUAAACUCAAGGACAUACAGCUAAAGAAUUUCAACCCAAAGACUCUGCUGGCCAGGGCACUUUAUGACAACCACCCUGAUUGUUCUGAUGAGCUGGCUUUCUCCAGAGGAGACAUCCUGACCAUUGUGGAGCAAAAUGUGCCGGAAAGCGAGGGCUGGUGGAAGUGUUUGCUCCAUGGGAGGGAAGGCCUGGCCCCCGCCAACCGCCUCCACAUCCUCAAGGAGGUCCCCACAGACAGACCCUGUCCAUUGCUCCCGAGAGGUCUGGACACAGAUCUCAACAGCUCAGAGGUGGCCUACCCGGCGCCCACCCUGCUUCGUCCACCACGCCUAGAUCCGGUGUAUGAACCAAUGAAGAGCUGGGUGGAGGGGCCCCCAUCAGCCACUGCCCAAGUCUACGAAUUGCCUGACCCACCUUCCAGGGCCAGGAUCAUCUGUGAAAAGACUGUGAGCCUCCCCAGACAGGCCCUCUUUGUACUUCCCAGACCUACAAGGGCCUCGUUGCCGACUCUACUUUCCCAGGUGUAUGAUGUGCCCAUCCAGGGCCGGGUCUCCACAACCCUUAAGAAGCCAGAGAAACAGCAGGUGUACGAUAUACCCACCAGCUCCCCAAAGGCAGCACUUCGCCCCUCAGCCAACCAGGAACAGAAUGUUCUGGAGACACCAACAGCUACCUUUGGACGAGGUGGUGGCUACAACACCUUACCAAGCCCUCAGAAAUCAGAAAGGAUUUAUGACACCCCAGUGCUGUUAGGAAAGGCUGACAUCAGACAUGUGUCCCUGACCAGCUUCACCAAAGAAUCCGGGUCCAGUGCUGUCCCAGGUCCCAUCUCCACCAUGACCCUCCCUCCACAGCCAGGUAACAAUGCGCAGAAGAAAAACAGUCUUCCAGAAGACCUUUGCUAUGCCUCUCUGGCACCCAGGGACACCAGCCCUCCGGAUACAGGAGGAAACUACAAGGUUCCUUCUAGCCUUCUCAUGCCCCGAGUGGAGCAGCAGGACACCAAGCCCAACAUUUACGACAUCCCUAAAGCCACACACAGUGCGCCCCCGGCUGCGAAGGCGCUGGGGAAAGCCAGAGAGGCUCCUGAGAAUUCCUCCUGGAUCUCCAAGCAGACAGUUCUCCCAUCUCCUGAUCCAGAUGGAGCAUUCAUUUCUGGCUCGGACAACAGAGCUAGCAUGGCGUCUUCAUGCUCCUCCACGUCCACUGACUCCUCCUCCAGCUCCUUUUCAGAGGACUCGGCCAAGGAACUCUCCCUGGAUGUGGACUUGGCCAGAGAGACCGCAAUGGCCCUGCAGCAUAAGGUGUCCAGCUCCGCGGCAGGGCUGCUUCUCUUUGUAAGCAGGACAUGGAGGUUCAGAGACUCCCUGGAGGCCAACAUCAACGCCAUCCGUGGGGCCGCUGACAGCAUGGAAGAAUCCUUAAGACAAUUCCUGAAUUUUGCCCAAGGAGUUGGUGGGACUGCCUGCAACCUCAUAGACAGUCACCUGCAGACCAGACUUCGAGAUCAGCUGCAGGUGAUCUCCAGCUCCUACCAGCUCCUGCUAGACUCGAAGGAAAGCCUGGAUCACUGCAACUGGUCCCUCGAGGUUCUCGUCACGGACAAAGUCCAAAACAGCCUGGAUGACCUGGAAAGGUUUGUCUUGGUGGCACGGAUGAUUCCAGAGGAUGUCAAGCGGUUUGCCUCCAUUGUCUUUGCUAAUGGGAGGCUCCUUUUUAAGCAGAACUGUGAGAGAGGAGAGACACAGUCGAGGCGUGAAAAGUGUGCCCAGCCUUCCCAAAGAGAAAUCGAAUCAUAUCAAAAGAGUAGUCUCCUCAGUAAACAGGGGGUGAAUGAGCACGCCUGUGACCUAGCGAAGAAAGCCAGAAAAAACAUGUGUGGACAGAGUCCCAGCUCUCUUACCUCCCCACCUCCCAAUCAGCAGAACCCACAGAGGAAGAUCCACCUGUCUGAGCACUGCCGGCUCUAUUUCGGGGCGCUCUUCAAAGCCAUUGGCGUCUUUGCCAGCAGCCUCAGCGAUAGCCAGCCCCCAGAGGUCUUCAUCACUCGGAGCAAACUGGUGAUCACGGUGGGGCAGAAGCUGGUGGACACUCUGUGCAAGGAGACCCAGGAUAAGGAUGAGCGCAACGAGAUACUGCACAGCAGCAGCCAUCUGUGUGGACUGCUCAAGGACCUGGCACUGGCCACCAAGAAUGCAGUGAUCGAGUACCCAAGCCCUGCGGCCCUGGGCCACCUCCAGGCAGAGGUGGAGAAGCUCCAGUACCACACGCGGGAGUUCAGAGGGAUGUUGGAGUGAAGCCUUCCUACUUCCUCCCGUAGAGGUUCACUCCUGGCUAGCUUCCCACCACAGAGGCCCCUCUGCCACGCGGAAAGCCAUCCAGGGCAGACACACAGCCCAGAGCUGGCAUUACCAAGUGGCUAAGCCACCACAGGACUUACCCCAUGCAAUUCAAAAAGAGAGGCAGGUGUUGAGUCAGGACCUCGUGAAGUUGAGCACGCCGUGCCAGGUGCACAGAGUCAAUGGUGUGAGGGGACAUGUAGAAGUCCUGUACUAUAUUGGUCAACUGUAUGUGUGGUUUACAGUCAUUCAACACUUACUUAUUGGGCAGCUACAAUCAAGUUAUAAGGACUGGAGCAAAAGCAAUGAAUUAGAGGCCCUGUCCUCACAGAGUCACAGUCUAGUUGGGGAGACAGAGGGUCAAAGAAACACACCCACAGUCUAUCAGCUGAUAGCCAAGAAAGAGAGCUGAGGAAGGAAAGAGCUUAUUUUCAAAGGCUAAGUUCUGUGGCAUUCAUCGGAAAAAAAUAAUGAUUCACUGGGUGUAACAGCAUGUACCUG